AUGGCGUCUGAUCGGCGAAGGUCCUCGGUCAUCCAGGUGAAUCGGGAGCAUGAUGGAGUGCUGAGAAUCAACGACGAGUCCGUUCGGCGGAUGUCGCACGCGAAUGCUUUCAUGGCAAAUGAUAUCGCCAAUGCAAAGCAGGCUUCGCAAAACGAAAAAGACUUGACUAUUCGAGAUGCCGUAAAGCUGUACAAGAAAGGAGUUUUGUUCUCCUUGCUUUUCUCUUUGGCGGUCGUCAUGGAGGGUUACGAUCUGUCGUUGAUGGGGUCCUUCUACGGGUUUCCACCAUUCAAGAACAGAUAUGGGACUGAGCCUGAUCCCACCGACGGAGGUAUGGUCAUCUCGGCGCCAUGGCAGAGUGGUCUUUCAAACGGUGUUCAGGUUGGUAGUAUUAUCGGACUUUACCUCAAUGGUUGGGUUUCGGAAAAGAUUGGCUACAAGAAGACAAUGUUUGGCUCACUCAUUCUUAUGAUUGCCUUUAUCUUCCUCCCGGUUUUUGCGACAAAUAUUGAAACAAUUCUGGCCGGCACCGUGCUGAUGGGAAUUCCAUGGGGUGUUUUCCAGACCCUUACUUGCACAUAUGCUUCUGAAGUUGUGCCUACUAUCCUCAGACCAUAUCUCACAACAUACGUCAACUUAUGCUGGGUUUUUGGUCAAUUGGUCGCCGCUGGUGUCCUUCGAGGUUUCUUGCAAAGGUCUGACCAGUGGGCUUACCGAAUCCCGUUUGCUCUUCAGUGGGUGUGGCCAGUUCCCAUCUUGAUCGGCACAAUCUUCGCUCCAGAGUCUCCUUGGUGGCUCGUUCGCCAGGGUCGCCUCGAGGAUGCAAAGAAAUCCCUGUUGCAAAUAACUACCCGUGACUGUGGAGUUCCUUUCGAUGUGGAUUCCCAAGUACAGAUGAUCAAAGCGACAAAUGAACUCGAAGCGGCGAUUUCCUCGGAUACUUCUUAUCUUGCCUGCUUCAAAGGUAUUGAUGCUCGACGUACCGAGAUUGCCUGUGUCGCUUGGGUGGCCCAAGCCUUCUGUGGUGCUGCUUUGAUGGGUUAUUCAGUCCAAUUCUACCAACGAGCAGGUCUCUCCGAUGAGAAUGCGUUCAACAUGAACAUUGGUCAAUAUGUCAUGGGAGCCAUCGGUACUCUCCUUUCAUGGUGGCUGAUGACCUAUGUCGGCCGUCGCGCUAUCUACUUCUACGGUCUCCUUACUAUGCUCUGUCUGCUCCUUGUAGUGGGUGGUUUGGGAACUAUGCCGCCAAGCGCCGGCCCUAGUUGGGGUAUUGGCUCGAUCCUAUUGGUCUACACGUUCGUUUACGACUUCACUGUCGGCCCGGUUUGCUAUUCCAUCGUGGCCGAAAUCCCUUCCACUCGCCUCAAAAUCAAGACAGUCGUUCUGGCCCGCAACUUCUACAAUAUGGGAGGUAUUGUGAACAACAUUUUAAUGCCUCGUAUGCUUGGAUUAAAUGCGUGGAACUGGGGAGCAAAGACAGGUUUUUUCUGGGCCGGUGCAUGCUUCUUGCUUUGCGUGUGGACGUAUUUCCGACUUCCUGAGCCUAAAGGACGUACGUACGGCGAACUUGAUGUCCUCUUCGAGCACAAAGUCAGUGCACGCAAGUUCCACAAGACCAAGGUCGAUCAAUUCGCAGGCGAACAUACCGAGAUCGUCCAGGAAACUUCUGACAGUGAUGUCGAGAAGGCACAGCACGAGCAUAAGGUUUAA